UUUUCAUCCAGCAUAUAUGACAUUGUCAAUUAAUUCAAGUAGCCUUUUCAUUGUCUCUGACUUCAUCCGUCAUUUGAUCCUCCUUCAACCGGUCAUGCAAACGCCACCGACAAUGUGGUGGUGGAAGAUUUUGGUGGUUGCUGUCAUUGGGACAGUACAUGCGGCUUCCCGAGACCAAUGGCUCGGUCGGUCAGUCUACCAAGUGGUCACCGAUCGCUUCGCUCGGUCCGAUAACUCAACCACGGCUUCUUGUGAUGCAGGACUGGGAGAGUAUUGUGGUGGGAGUUUACAAGGCAUCAUAAAUAAGCUGGAUUAUAUUCAGGAACUCGGGUUCGAUGCAGUUUGGAUCUCUCCAGUGCAAAGCCAGGAGUCAACUCGCACGGCGGAUCUCUCCGCAUACCAUGGGUAUUGGCCAAAUGACCUGUAUUCCGUCAACUCCCAUUUUGGCACUUCCGAUGACCUCCAAGCGUUAUCCGCAGCGUUGCACGCGCGUGGCAUGUACUUGAUGCUGGACAUUGUCGUUGGUGACAUGGCCUGGGCUGGAAAUGCCUCCACUAUCGAUUACAGCACGUUCAAUCCAUUCAAUGAUCAGAAGUAUUUUCACGACUACAAGCUGCUUGCUGAGGAUCCCACGAAUGACACCUGUGUUCUGGAUUGCUGGAUGGGAGACAACACCCUAUCGCUUCCAGAUCUGCGAAACGAAGAUCAGGAAGUCCAGCAGAUUCUGGGCACCUGGGUUUCGCAGUUGGUUUCGAACUACUCAAUUGAUGGCUUGCGAAUCGACAGUGUCUUGAACAUUCCCCCCGUCUUCUUCUCCAAUUUCAGCAAGUCAGCGGGCGUUUUCACUAUGGGCGAAGGAGCCACAAGAGACGCAUCCGGUUACUGUUCUCUGCAGCCCAGUUUAAGCGGACUUUUAAAUUAUCCGUUAGGGCUUGUUGACACUAUUAGGUAUUAUAUCCUCUCAGAGAGCUUCAACACGACCAAUGGAGACCUGAACAGGAUCGUACAGUCUAUCGACUACAUCAGGACACAUUGCGAGGACGUACUCCCCUUGGGAACUUUCACAUCGAAUCAGGAUGUCCCUCGAUUUGGCUCUUAUACUUCAGACAUAUCGCUGGCUCGCAACAUUCUCACAAUCAGCAUGCUCGCUGAUGGUAUCCCCAUCCUCUACUACGGGGAAGAACAGCACCUGUCAGGUGGGUUCAACCCUGUCAACCGGGAGGCCCUAUGGCUUACCAAAUACUCGAUGAACUCGACCUCCCUACCUUUGCUAGUCCAGUCGCUAAAUCGCAUUCGAUCAUAUGCGAGCGGCGACGGAGAAAAGGCCACGAUUGCCCCGAAGUCAGGGAACGACUAUCUAUCGUACCUCUCAUUGCCAAUCUAUAACUCAACAAACAUCUUGGCCAUGCGCAAGGGGUUUACCGGUAACCAGGUUGUAAGCGUGGUGUCCAACCUGGGAGCCAAGCCAGCCACCAAAGCCACCACCCAAAUCACGCUUGGCUCCGACGGCACGGGAUUUUCAUCCGGACAAAAUGUGACCGAGCUCUUAUCUUGCAAAACAUUUGUAACUGAUUCAAGCGGAAACAUCAAUGUGGACCUCAGCUCGGAUGGAGGGCCUCGGGUGUACUAUCCUACUGAAAGCCUGAACCGAAGCACUAAUAUUUGUGGAGGUCGCACCCAAACAUCGACAGCCUCGUCAGCAAGUCCAAACACUUCCACUGGCGCUGGGAUUUCUUUAUUCAGUUUGGCGUGGGAGAUAAGCACAUUGAUAGUCACGGCUGCAUUGACCACGUCCUACAUUUCCAUCUAA